CAUCCGCCUUGCAUUAUUGAGUUAAAUUGCCCAACAGUUUACCUCUGCAAUCAUUUUCUUGACAUUUCUGAAACCCAUUUCUGUGGUAAUAAUCACAACAAAUUUCCAUGAUCCAAAAGAUGCCCUUUUUAUAGAGCAUCCCUCUUUGAUUCUUGAGUCCCCUUCCAAGAAAAAAAAAAAAUGGCUUUCUCAGAUCAGAGCCUCUUUCAUUACGCCCUCCUUGCUUUCUUCCUUAUAGGACCUCCCACCUUCAUCUCCCUCAGGUUCCUUCAAGCCCCAUAUGGCAAGCAUAAUCGCCCUGGCUGGGGCCCUACUAUCUCCCCUCCUUUGGCAUGGUUCCUCAUGGAGAGCCCCACUCUCUGGCUUACCCUUCUCCUCUUUCCUUUCGGCCAACAUGCCACGAAUUCCAAAGCACUGAUUCUUAUGUCUCCUUUUCUCAUCCACUAUUUCCACCGCACCUGCCUCUACCCUCUUAGCCUUUACCUGAGUACCACUCAGCGGAAUACCAAAUCUGGUACUGGAUUUCCAGUGAGUGUGGCCCUGAUGGCUUUUGGGUUUAAUUUAUUGAAUGCUUACUUGCAAGCUAGGUGGGUGUCUCAUUACAAGGAGAAUUAUCACAGCGAUGGGCGGUUCUGGUGGAAAUUUUUCGGUGGGCUAUUGGUGUUUUUGUGGGGUAUGUGGAUUAAUGUAUGGUCUGAUAGGGUUUUGAUGGGGUUAAAGAGAGAGAAUGGUGGGUACAAGGUACCAAGAGGAGGGUGGUUUGAGCUGGUGAGCUGUCCCAACUAUUUUGGGGAGAUUGUUGAGUGGCUUGGGUGGAGUGUGAUGACAUGGUCUUGGGUUGGGUUUGGGUUUUUCCUCUACACAUGUGCCAACUUGAUGCCCAGGGCAUUUGCUAACCAUAAGUGGUAUCUGGACAAGUUUGGAGAAGAUUAUCCCAGGGCUAGAAAAGCUGUUAUCCCUUUCUUGUAUUGAAGCCCUUUUUUUUUGUUUAAUCAUGUUUGUUGUACGAAAUAUAUGGAAUUGUAAUGGCUGGUAUCUGUUAUUAUUAUGCUUAUGAGAAGGAAAUUGUUGAUUUUGAAAA